GUGCAGGCCCAAACGAACCUCGUCCGCUCAUGGCCGAUCGCUGCGUGCUCUCGCCCAUGCAGACCGCGGUCGCGGAAGGACACUGCGCGUCGGGCGUUCGCGAAACCCGGUUCAUGGCCAAGUGGAGUCGAAUCAUCACCAUCCAUUUUUCAACUCUCCCACUGACUUACUGCUGCUCGCUUACCUGAACACCGGCCUCGACACUUUCUCGUCUACUGCCGCAGGUACUACUUCAUGACCCUGCGGCUGCUGCACCCCGCCGUGUGUGCUGAGUUGUUCAUUCUGGACGCAGACUCCUCCGCGGAUUCUCUGAUCUGAUCUCUUCCUUGGCUCCUCCUCUUCCUACUCCUCUUCCUCCUACUCUUCUUCUGUUCAUCUUCUUCUUCUGCUGCUGCUGCACUGCGCCGCCUGAUCGACAUUUUAUUCCAUCGAACGCGGAAGGUCAGUUUGCAUCUCGCGCGACGAAGCGAGCGAGCGAGCGAGGAGGCGGUCGUGGAUUCUAAUCUGCAGAGUUGUAGGAAUUUCUGCUCGCAGGGGUUGCUGGGAGUGCGAGCACAACCGCUGAGGUCGAGUGCGUUAGAAAGAAGGGUUGCUGUCUCUGCAGCAGGCAGGCAGGAAGGCGUCGGCAGGCGCGAGCGGGCGGAGCUGUGGCCAUGGCUGGUGUUGCGACAGCUGCGGUGUCAUGCAUGAGCGUGCAUUCGGUUUUGGCCGAGACCAAGUUGGGUCGAGGCACGAAGAGCGUCACUGCCAGCUCGUCGGACCUGCGCUCGGCGUCGUCUUCUCUGCGGGGAGCCCGCUUGUCGAGCCAAUGCACCCAACGAUCUCAUGCACGGAUGGCCUCCAAGACGCUGGUCGCCCCCAGGGCCGUCUCAGAUUCUCAGAACGGUGAGAGUUGCCUGACGCCCGAGGCCGGUCGCAGUGUGCUGGGAAUCAUUUUGGGUGGUGGAGCUGGGACUCGUCUGUACCCGCUGACGAAGAAGAGGGCGAAACCUGCAGUGCCCCUCGGUGCAAAUUAUCGGCUGAUCGACAUCCCUGUCAGCAAUUGCAUCAACAGCAACGUCCAGAAGAUCUAUGUCCUCACGCAAUUCAACUCAGCGUCCUUGAAUCGUCAUUUGUCCCGCGCGUAUGGUAGCAACAUGGGCGGAUACAAAAACGAGGGUUUUGUGGAAGUACUUGCCGCGCAGCAGAGUCCUGAAAACCCCAAUUGGUUCCAGGGCACAGCUGAUGCCGUCAGGCAAUACUUGUGGCUGUUUGAAGAGCAAAACGUGCUGGAAUUCUUGGUCCUGGCUGGAGACCACCUGUACCGAAUGGACUACCAAAACUUCAUUCAAGCUCACAGGGACACCAAUGCCGACAUUACAGUUGCAGCCCUGCCCAUGGACGAAGCCCGUGCCGAAGCUUUCGGUUUGAUGAAAAUCAACGAGAAAGGUCGAAUCAUCGAGUUCGCGGAAAAGCCCAAGGGAGACGAACUGAAAGCCAUGGCUGUCGACACCACAGUUUUAGGAUUGGACGAAGCGAGGGCGAAGGAGAUGCCCUACAUUGCCAGCAUGGGUAUCUACGUGGUUAGCAAGGAUGCCAUGAUCAAACUGCUGCGCGACGAUUUUCCUGAAGCCAAUGACUUCGGUAGUGAGGUCAUCCCUGGUGCCACCAAACUGGGCAUGAGUGUCCAAGCCUAUUUGUACGAUGGAUACUGGGAAGACAUUGGAACUAUUGAGGCAUUCUACAACGCGAAUCUUGGUUUGACGAAGAAGCCCGUUCCGGACUUCAGUUUCUAUGACAGGACGUCUCCCAUCUACACCCAGGCUAGGUUUCUGCCACCUUCUAAGAUGUUGGAUGCGGACGUCACAGACAGUGUCAUUGGCGAGGGUUGUGUUAUCAAGAACUGCAAAAUUUAUCACUCAGUCGUAGGACUCCGGUCAUGGAUUGCCGAAGGAGCGAUUGUCGAGGAUGCCCUUCUGAUGGGCGCUGACUACUACGAGACUGAUGAGCAACGAAGUGAGCUCUUGGCCACGGGUGGUAUUCCCAUGGGAAUCGGAAGGAAUUCUAUCAUCAAGCGAGCCAUCAUUGAUAAGAAUGCUCGCAUCGGAGAGAACGUGAAGAUUGUCAACAGAGACGAUGUUCAGGAGGCCGCAAGAGAAACAGAUGGCUAUUUUAUCAAGAGCGGGAUUGUUACCAUCAUCAAGGAUGCUGUCAUUCCCAACGACACCGUCAUCUAGAUUAUCUAGUUACUCAGACACCCUCUAUGCUCGCGAUUGCUCUCUUUAGAAUAUCUAGUUUUCCUGCGCAGCUGAUCUUUUUAAAAUGCCGUUUCCGCUGCUCUCUCGGUCUUUCGUAGUGAUUCGCUUCCAUGUAGCAUAUUUGAAAUGUAUAGAGGUGCGAAAGCAUUAGGGCUCGCAUCUUUGCCUGUUCGGAAGCACUCCCCGGAGGCAAGCUAUCCUGAAGGAUACUGCUGACAAAACGCCCUGUGGAAGUACAAAGCUAGCUCCCUUGCUUUAGUGAAAGGUGAUAGGCAGGUUUGCUCAUCGUUUUGUAAAAAUAAAUGAGUUUUGAAUGUGCCGAGUAGUAUCGCUCUUACUCCCAGAUAGCCACUUCAGUAAGGAGCUCACCAUAAAUCCUUGCUCGCUUGUAGUCCAAAUUAUUUUAUAGAUCAGGGAUCGUACAAUUGGAGGUAGAGAGCAAAUGGCUCUCAUUUUGCACGAAAUCAAAGGCGGAUCAGACCAUUCAUUGUAAUUUCCAUGCACGUUAAAUCAACUUGCCAUCUC